UAUAAGCUAAUACAAACAUUUAUAAGCUUAAUUCCAAAAUGACCCACACCCCACUAAAAUAAUUAAACAUCUAUGUAUAUAUGUAUAUAUAUACAAGUACUCUAUUCCCACCUGAAAUUGACAGCUUUUUUUCUCUUUUCUUUCUUACAAAGAUAGAAAAAGUGAUGAAGAGAGAAUAAAAAGAUGAGUAGUAAUCUGUUACACUAAUUUAUUUAUAUUAAUAUGAAAUGAAAUGAGGAUGAUGAUGAUGAGAGAAGUGAGUUUAUGUUCAAGAUGUCAAGAUUGUGGAAACCAAGCUAAGAAAGAGUGUGUUUAUAUGAGAUGUAGAACUUGUUGUAAGAGCAAAGGCUUUCAAUGCCAAACUCACAUUAAGAGCACUUGGGUUCCUUUAUACAGAAGAAAACAUCAUCAUCAUCAUCAUCAUAAUCUUAAUCAAUAUCAAGAAAAUAUUCAAGAUCAUGAGUAUUACUAUUUCAACACUACCAAAAGACUCAGAUCAUCACAUCUCAUCACUUCUUCUUCUACUAUUCAUAAUAAUAACAAUAAUAUUCUAAACCCAAUUACAACAACACCAAUACCAUCUUCCUCUACACCAGGGUUUGGAGCAGAAAAAGAACAAAAUUUCCCGGCAGAGGUGAAAACAACGGCGACAUUUCAAGUUGUACGAGUGAGUUCACGAGUCAACGUCAAUGGGAUUGACCAAAAUCAUGAUCAGUAUGCAUAUCAGACGGCUGUGACCAUAGGAGGCCACGUGUUCAAAGGUAUUCUCUAUGAUCAAGGCUUUCAACAAAUAAUUAAUAAUAAUAAUAAUAAAACUGUUGCCGGCGCCGGUGACCGGACCACCACCGCCGGAGAAGGAUUUGAUCAUCAUCAUCAUCAGCAGCAGCAGCAGUUGCCUAUAGAUUAUUUUGUUAGUGUUAAUAAAUCUCAUGAUGAUGUUGAUGAUGGAGGUGGUCGUGGAUUAAUUGGGACCGUUGGAUCAAGUAGUACAAUAAGUUCAAGUUAUCAUCAAUUACCGUUGAAUAUGUUUGGUUCUACUAAUGCUUUCAUUAAUAAUCCCGGUAUGCAAUUUUUCCCAAACACAAAAUAAUAAUAAUAAUAAUCAAUUAU